AUGGGGUCCAGUGCACUGCUUCUCAUACUCUUGCUGAUGUCCUUCAUCCACGCUGGACUCACUCAAGCGAGACCAAAACCUGUAGUGAAGGUGAGUCCAGAUCAGCGUGUGUUCAGAGGAGAGACAGUCACUCUCACAUGUGACAUACAGAGAGGAGGAAACUUUCAGUGGACAUACAGCUGGUUUAAAGAUGGUUCAGUCAUCAGACGCGUCACUGAGAGAGUCUACACCAUCACAUCGCUGUCUGAUAAUAGUGGUGAAUACAGCUGUAGAGGAGAGAGAUCAGACUCACAGAGAUCAGACACCAGUGCUGCUGUUACACUGACUGUAUCAGAUUUACCCAGAUCUACACUGACUGUGACUCCAAACAGUCCUGUAUUCACUGGCGAGAGAGUGAGUCUGAAGUGUGUGAUAAACCCUGAUCACAGUAACUGGAGAUAUGAGUGGUAUAAAGGCAGCACUAAAGUGUCUGAGCAUCACACUGUAAAAGGAAACACUCUCACUAUUGAACGAUCUAAAACAUCUGAUGCGGGUCGGUACACAUGUAAAGGACACAUAGAUGGAAGAUCAGUCUCAUCACAAUCAAGUUCUCCUGUUUAUCUCUCAGUGACGGAUUCACCCAGAUCUACACUGACUGUGACACCAGACAGUCCUGUAUUCACUGGAGAGACAGUCAAUCUGACGUGUGUGAUUGAGUCUUACAGUAACUGGAGAUAUGAGUGGUAUAAAGGCACAGACAGUGUAAUGUUACAGACGUCUGAGCGUUACACUGUAAACAGAGACACUCUCACUAUCAGAGGAGCUACUGAGUCUGAUCAGGAUCAGUACUGGUGUAGAGGACAGAGAGAUAAAAGACCAAAAUCAUCACAAUCAAGCUCUGUUUCUCUCUCUGUGACGGAUUUACCCAGAUCUACACUGACUGUGACACCAGACAGUCCUGUAUUCACUGGAGAGACAGUCAAUCUGACGUGUGUGAUUGAGUCUUACAGUAACUGGAGAUAUGAGUGGUAUAAAGGCACAGGCAGUGUAAUGUUACAGCCGUCUGAGCGUUACACUGUAAACAGAGACACUCUCACUAUCAGAGGAGCUACUGAGUCUGAUCAGGAUCAGUACUGGUGUAGAGGACAGAGAGAUGAAAGACCAAACUCAUCACAAUCAAGCUCUGUUUCUCUCACUGUGACGGAUUUACCCAGAUCUACACUGACUGUGACACCAGACAGUUCUGUAUUCACUGGAGAGACAGUCAAUCUGACGUGUGUGAUUGAGUCUUACAGUAACUGGAGAUAUGAUAACUGGAGAUAUGAGUGGUAUAAAGGCACAGACAGUGUAAUGUUACAGUCAUCUGAGCGUUACACUGUAAACAGAGACACUCUCACUAUCAGAGGAGCUACUGAGUCUGAUCAGGAUCAGUACUGGUGUAGAGGACAGAGAGAUGAAAGACCAAACUCAUCACAGGAGAGUGAACGAAUAAAUCUGUCUGUUAAUUAUUUACCCAGAUCUACACUGACUGUGACUCCAGACAGUCCUGUAUUCACUGGAGAGACAGUCAAUCUGAAGUGUGUGAUUGAGUCUCACAGUAACUGGAGAUAUGAGUGGGAUAAAGGCACAGACAGUGUAAUGUUACAGACGUCUGAGCGUUACACUGUAAACAGAGACACUCUCACUAUCAAAGGAGUAACUGCAUCUGAUCAGAAUCUGUACUGGUGUAGAGGACAGAGAGAUGAGAGACCAAAAUCAUCACAAUCAAGCUCUGUUUAUCUCUCUGUGACAGCGAGACCAAAACCUGUAGUGAAGGUGACUCCAGAUCAGCGUGUGUUCAGAGGAGAGACAGUCACUCUCACAUGUGACAUACAGAGAGGAGGAAACUUUCAGUGGACAUACAGCUGGUUUAAAGAUGGAGACCCUCACGAUACAUACAGAACAACAACAAGAACAGCAGAGUUCAGUUUCAGAACUGAUGUGUCUGAUAAUAGUGGUGAAUACAGCUGUAGAGGAGAGAGAUCAGACUCACAGAGAUCAGACAUCAGUGCUGCUGUUACACUGACUGUUUCAG